AUGCCGACGGAUAUGAGCAAGUUUCAGCUAGUGCAGACCGCCAAGUUCUCGGUCUUACACCCGACAAAGGGCGCUAAGCCUAUGAAACCUAUUGCAGGUGAUAAGAAGGCAGCUCCAACCAAAAAAGAGGCACCAAAGAAGGCUGCCCCUGCUCCUAAAAAGGUCGAGGAAGAGAACGAUGACGACGACGAUUUGUUUGGCGACGACGAUGAUGAGGACGAUGAGGCUGCCAAAGCUCUUGCUGCUAAGCGUGCUGAGGCUGCAAAGGGUGCGAAGAAGGAGAAGAAGAAGCCCAUUGAGCGCUCACAAGUGGUGAUUGAGGUAAAACCGUGGGAGGCUGAGACAGACCUUGAGGAACUGGCUGCUAAGAUCAAGGCAUUACCUGUGGAAGGUCUGACGUGGGGUGAAGGCCAUAAAUUGGUGCCUGUGGCCUUUGGUAUCAAGAAACUACUGGUACAGUGUGUCAUUAUUGAUGAUAUGGUGCUAUUGGAUGACAUUACAGAAGCCAUUGAGGGCUUUGAGGACUAUGUUCAAUCCGUAGACAUUGCGUCCAUGAACAAGCUUUAA